AUGUCGGAGCCGAAACUGAAGAAUGUUGUGCUAGUUGCAUUUGGCGGACCUUCUUCAAGUGGCAAAACUACUGUAGCAAAAACUCUUUCAAAGUUGAUUCCCAAAACUACUCUUGUUCAUCUUGAUGAUUUUUAUUUGACAGAUUCAAAGAUUCCGGUUGAUCCUACAACAGGGUACCAGAAUUGGGAUUGCGCAGAUGCUAUUGACUUUCCAAAAUUUGUUGAUUAUUUAAAGAGUGUAAGGCUGGGUCAUGUAAGUGCCCCUAUUGAGUCAAUACAACUGGAUGAUAUCGAUUUGCUGAUGUCACCUCACGAGAUUGAGUCACUUGUGCAAACCAUUGAAGAAAAUAAACAAAAAAUUUCACAACAUCAUCUCGUGUUUGUCGAUGGUUUCAUGCUAUUUCACGACCCACAAUGCAUAGAGCUAUUUGAUAUUAGGUUGUUUUUCCAUGCUUCGUUUAAUACAUUGAAAAAGAGAAGAGAAUCUAGAAGUGGGUACAACACAGCAGAGGGUUUCUGGGUAGAUCCUCCUAAUUACUUUGAAAAAAUAGUAUGGCCAGCAUUUAAACAAAGCCAUAAAUAUCUCUUCAAGAGUGAAGAUGUAGAAGGUGAGCUAAAACCAGAGCUAGCGGAAAAGUAUUGCAUCAACGAUAUUGCAAACGAAACUAACACUACACUAUUCGACCUAGUCAAUAAAUCAUUAAGCAUUAUCUUAACUAGAACUUGA